AUGGGUGCGCCGGGCGCGUGGCCGCGCGACUCCCCGGCCUUGCUCAGCACGGCGCUGCUGCUGGGCGGCGCGCUGCCCGAGCGCCCGCCCGCGCCGCUCUUCACCAUCGACAGCAUCCUCGCGCCGCGCCCGCCGCCCGCCAUCCCGCCGCUCCAGUUACACCAUCUUGCGCACACGCCCUUCCACAGAGCGCACGAUCUUUUCGUCGGCGGUUCGACAGCUGUAGCACCGACGCGGCUUAUAUCAUGGGUAAGCAGCGUGGGAAGUGCAGGCGCUGCUGGUUACGCCGGCUUGUACGGCGGGUACGCAGCCGCCGCGCUGGCCGGGCUCGCGGGACCUCCUCCCAAGCGCAAGCGUCGACAUCGCACCAUUUUCACUGAGGAGCAGCUGGAACAACUCGAGAGCACCUUUGACAAGACACACUAUCCAGAUGUCGUCUUAAGAGAACAGCUGGCUCUACGCGUCGAUUUGAAAGAGGAGAGAGUAGAGGUAUGGUUCAAAAACCGACGAGCGAAAUGGCGCAAACAAAAGCGAGAAGAACAGGAGAGAUUGCGGAAACUGCAAGAGGAAAGGACUUGUGGUCGCACACCCCUACUCCCGCGACCACAGCCUGAUCACUGUCCGCAUUCUCCGCACACGACGCAUGUGUCUCAAUCACAGCCCAACAGACAAUACUCUGACGACUCUGAUUCGGAGGUGGAAGUCGCCUAA